AUGACGGGUCUGAACGAAUACAUCCGGAAGGAGAUGAAGCUAUUCACGGUCGAGUCUAUUGCAGAGGCAAGCGUGAAAGCUAUUGCCAUCGAAGGCAAGCAAAAGAAGAGAAACGAGGCAAAAGGAGAUGCAAAACAGACGGGAGAGGAGUCUAGUGGUUCCAAACAUAAGGAGGAAAAGAAAGCAAUCAUCUCCUUCUGUUCUAAUUCAACAAAAGGUCAAGGAUUUUCCGAAUCAGGGCUUGCUUCAAUUCUUCGUAUUGCUCCUUUUUCUGUUUCAUCAGAAGACCACAUUCUAAUACAUGAGAGUAGAAACACCAAAUAUAAUCAGUUGAAUGUUGAUCAGAAGAGAACUUACAUUCAGAAGGUCAUUGAUAAUAAUAUAAAGAGGAAAAGAAAUGAUUUAGCUGGCAGUAGUACCAAUAGCAAGGGAAAACGUAAGAUUGAUUUAUUUUGUGGAGCGCAACAGCGAGAAUAUGAGCAUGGAGGAACAAUGGCAUCCACCAACGAAGCACAAAUUCCACACAUCCAAAUACGCCAACUAAAAAAAUUUCAAAGAGAGUGGACGAUUCAUGUUGUUAUCCUAAGAACAAUUGAGUCAUCUUAUGAGAACAACAAAGGAUCAGGCAAAAUACUAAAAUUAAUUUUUGCUGACUCAGAGGGGAAAAAAAUACAAGGUAUUAUGUUUGGAGAAACUAUUGAAAUGUAUAAGCACAUGCAUCAGAAGAAUCAUGUUCUUUACAUCUCAAAUGGAGAAGUCAAACCAAUAAACCCACUCUAUGGAAAUGUACAUGAGUCAAUUGAGUUGACAUUGACUAAGAACAUUUCUAUCAAAGAAUCAAAUGCAAAUUUCCAAUUUGAUAAGAUAUUGAACAACUUUAUCUCAAUCAAAGAGGCAAUUUCCAACGAGGAUACAAGGAAUAUAAAUGUUCUUGCAAUGAUAGCAAAUGUCAAGCCUAUGAUCAAGUACGUUACAAGAUAUAAUAAGGCAGACACAAGGCGGGACAUAAUUAUAGUAGACAAAGAUGAGAUAACAUUAUCUGUAACUUUAUUCGGAGAUUUAGCUGGCAAUGAAGGUUCAAUGAUUGAAGGAAAUAUGCAUGAGCCAACUAUAAUUGCGUUAUCAGAUUUUAAAAUAGCAUUGUACAACGGGGAGAUGUGCUUGACUUCGCAAAUUGCAUCUACAAUAUGUAUCAACCCUGAAAUACAGUAA